UUGACAACAUGAAACGGGACGUUGUUAAGCUGGAUGAGAAGAUACACCUACUCAAAAAUUAUGUCCAAUCUGAAUUGGCUUCGGAAAUGUCCAAGGAAAAGGAAGUAACAAAACAAAUAAAUGAAGUUGAAGAGAAGCACGCGAAGAGUACAUUAAAACCUAAAAUUAAGAUUAAACCCUUUAGUCACAUAGUGCCCAGUCCUGUAAAAGUAAUGAUACAGUCGCCAUUAAAAUGUAAGGAAGUUCAAAAAUUUCAAGAAUUUAUGAUGAGCAGUCCUAAUCGCUACGGGGGUUGGCAGGAAUAUCAUCAUAAUAUAUUCAUUCAAAUUUGGCAGAAAUAUUUCCGAUGUAAUGAUUUAAUUUCAUUAAAUGACCUUCAGGACUUUAUUUCUCAUAACCGCGAUCAAUUUCAAGCUUUUGAGUCGGAGAUAUUGGAGAAAAUUAUUGGAUCUACAAAAGAAGAUAUACGUUCUCAUUGCAUGUGGUAUUGUAAAUAUUUGUAUCUCAGAGAACAACAGCAAAAUGCCUUAAAUAAGUGGAAGAAAAAUAAAAGGAUGUUAUCAAAAUCUUACCUUAAACACGGCAAUAGUGAGCAGAAAAGAGUAAUGGAUACGUCGAAACGUAUGCACUGUGAGAAAGGAUGUACAAGCACUGACACCGUGGAAGAUUUGUUGGACACGAUGGAAAACCGCGAUGCAGAGGAAAUUGCCAACGCUCUAUGCAACAUGAGCAUUCAAGAAGUCGGUUCAUCAUUUGAAGAGAUAAACAUGAGUGGUGGAGACAAGGUGGGAUCGGAAAAUGAAGCCAAACUAAAUCAGCGAUGCUUUAAUGACAUAUUAAAGCCUACGAAACAAUGGAUUAACAGAUGUAAUAGCUCAAGUGACGGCGUGAGAAAGUACAAUGAUCUUCAAAUGAUUAAAAAGUUACGGAUUCCCGAUUGGAGAAUGCCAUUACAAGACUAAUGGAUAUUGACUAUAUAACAAAUAGUAAUGUAAAAUCAAAUACUAUGUAAACUCUACGAGUUAAUACGUGCAGCUCGGUGCCAAAGUUGGCAACAGGCACACUAGCGCUCCUAGCGGCAUGAGUUGAUCAAAAUAGUUUAGUUUCAUACAG